AUGCCGACGAACAGUCCGGACUGGCCGUCCAGUUGGUCGCCCCCGUCCAAAAAUAUCGCGAACCUCGUCGCGAUCGAGUUGCCCCACGCGAAUCAACUAGAAUUAAACUGCACCAGCAACGCGGACGUAUUCCUGGAAUACCCAUGGGCGUACGUGCCCCGGGAAAUUCUGUCGAGAAUCUCCGGCGAAGCAAACUCCGCCCUGGAGCCCUACAAGGCCCAGAUCGAAGCCUACAAACCGGAAAUGCAUCUGAUUGGUUACGCGUCCAGCGAGCUUCGCUCGACGCACUACGUCCUCUGCCUGACGGAAGACGUCCGCGACGAGAUGGUGAGCCGAAACCGUCAGAUAACGAGAAGCAUCCACGAGCGGGUCACCAGGAUGAUGAGGAAGGCACCUCUGAGAGGUCCAAGCAUCCCCGACGAUCGCCUGGACCACGACGACACCUUCUUCAAAAGCACAAGAUCUCUCUUCGAGAUUGAGAUCAGCCGUAAGUCGUCAGCCCCAAAGGACCCGCCAAACUUGUCGGACAGACCUAGCGAAGCCACCAGAGACGGCUACCUGGACAUCCUCCUGCCGCCCACCUCUAAAUUCUCAAACGUCCGGAUGAAGCUGGUGACGAAAUCCCUCCAGACGAACCUUCCGCGGACCGCGACAAGCGUGCAAACCUACCUGGGCUACCCGAAGACCAGAUGGACUCAAUACGACGACAAAUCACCGUCCAGAGAAAGCGAGAAGCCAGAGCCUGAGAAGCCUACAGAAGAAAGUAGUCCAACAGGUCACUCGGAGCCAAUCACUUCGACCAACGAGAAGACGACACUUCAACCGAGUGUCAACGAGACCCUAGAGAAGCAGGCGGAGUCAUUGAACCUCUUCUUCGAAGCGAGCCUCCCCGGUAUCACAGACUGCAUCAGAUAUAACUCGGAAAUAAACAUGCACUCCGACGACAUCGAGAGCCUUGCCAAAUGCGACGGCAGUCCGGAAGCAUCAAGAGUGAUUGAUUAUGAUCUGCAUGAGAGCUGUUCUCUGGUGGAUUUCAGGGCCACCAGGGGCAGGGUCAUCUCCGACGUCGCUUGGCACCCGAGUCGUCCAGAUUACGUAGCUAUAUCUUACGUCAAAGCCGACAGGUGUGAUCCCAACGAUCUUUUGGGCAGUUUGGCCGGCCAAAUUAGUGUAGUUGCCGUCUUGUGGUCGAUCGCAGAACCUUUGAAGCCGAAGUUGUUCCUGGGGGACUGUAAGAAUAUCAAGGUGAUAUCCUUCUGCCCUUCCAGGGGCUCUGUCCUCGUUGGCGGAACAACCGGCGGACAAAUCGUAAUGUGGGAGUUGUGUAAGACUUUCGAAAUCAUCGAUGAAGGGUUGACGGAAGGCUGCAGUCGAUUGGAAUCUUGCGCCUCGUCAGAUCCUGGGGACUCCCACCUCCUCCCAAUCAGGGCUAUUCACUGGCUGCCGACUUCCUGCAGGCUAGAGCCCAACGGAAAGCUGAGUAAGAUUCCGGAUAACAUGAGCAUGCAAUUCAUGACGGCUUCUGAGGACGGGACAGUCGCCUUCUGGGAUCUUCUCUGGCAGCCGAACAUGGUGACGACUGCCAAGAAUCUCCUGAAUAUCGUGGCUGCUAAGAUGUCGUUGACCGAAGGCUUGGAGAGAUUGGACAACAUCUUCCGUCCGCACUAUCGGCUGCACAUCGUUCCGCCUAAGGAGACGGCUAGUCUUACGGUUUUGGAUCUUUGUCCUGCGGCAGCUGAGGCUUACGAUAGCAUUCAGAUGGAUGUGAUCGAUCCGGAUCUCAACGAAUCUUCGAGGAGGUUGUGGGUCAGCUCGACUCAGGGGGAACUCCUGCUGUGCAGUUGGAAGGGACAGGAGUUCGACGAGAUCUCUCACGAGAAUGUUGACUUCGCUGGUCGAUCUGCUUUAAUUCAUGACGGACCUCUCGUUAAAAUCGUUCGGUCUCAUCACGUAACCGAUGUCCUGCUGACAAUCGGCGGAAGUGUCUUUGCCCUCUGGAAGGACGACUUCCUCAGAAGACCCCUUCUCUGGAGGAAACGUAAUUGCUUGUACACCAGCUGCUGUUGGUGCGACAAGCCCGGAAUCUUCUGUGUGGCUAGAAAAGACGGUGACCUUGAAACAUGGGACAUAUGCCGGAAGACUCGUGAACCGGUCCACGUACAGACUAUUUCUGGAAAGUUGAUAACGGGACUGCACACGGGGUCUUUUGAUUCGAGACUCAUCGGUGUUUGCGAUUACAGCGGUGCUUUCAGAAUAUUCAAGCAAGUGUGUGAAGACAAGUCGAGUGGAUCUGAGAGGAUUGAAUGGCUGAGGAAGUUUGUGGAUCGGGAGGUGGAGAGGAAUCGGGAGUUUUACAGCUGGCAGGACGAUUAUCUCGGGAAUAAUGAGGUGGCUGUGACGAGGAGGGAAGCCAGAGCAGCUGAGGAGGCGAGAAGACGUCAUGAGGAGGCCAGGGAGAAGUUCCUGAAGGAUCAGGAGGAGAUGAUCAGACUCAAGGCCGAACGUCGAGCCCUGAAAAUCCCAAAGUCCAAGGAUACUAUUCUGAGGCUGGAGAAUAUCGAACGAAUGAAGACUGUUUUGCUGCAGAAGAAGGGUUUUGACCCUUGUAAACUUGAUCAAGCGAGAUCUCCGGUGGUUCAACAACAGGAAGAGAAGCUGAUUAGGAUGAUUAAGGCUGAGGAAAAAGUCGCCCAUAGAGACAGUUAUUUCACGCAAGCGUUGGCUGUAGAAUUUCCGGAUGCUUGUGACGACGCCCACGAGGGAGAAAAUGGCAAGACUUGUGAUGACUUCAUGGACGUGAUGAGUGCUUCGAAAGAUGAGGAUGACUAUGCACGGGUGAGGGGGGAAGCGAUAGAAAUUCUCAAGGAGAAUCCGACGAUUCCGAUGUUUGAUUGGAAUGUCGUGAUGAGGGAGAGCCAGCGAAGGAAGGGCUCCCCGAAGAACCAAUAAUUGGCACAUUUGAGGCAAGAUGGACAUGUUUAUUGUCCAGAUAGUCAAGACUAACUAGAAUUUCGAAAUGGAUUUUGUCGACUUCCUUUCACAAAAUUUUUAAAAUCUUUUAUCGCCUGUAGACGGGAUGUAUACUUCCUUGAUUUGUGAAUCAUUCUGUUGUUGAAGUUGAGAAAUUAGUAUAAAUUUUA